AAGACGAUUUUUGUCUUGUUGUUGACCGGAGGACGUGUGUUGUGUUUUCCGUGGCUUCAUCCUCGUCUCCUCUGGUGGUGGAUUUGGGCAGCUCAAAUAGCUUACAAAGUCCCAAAUUUCAAUGGAAGAUCCUCACUAAUCCCACCCCACAAGAACGCCCAGACACCCAUCUCCUACCACCACUUGUUACUCUCACCCUCUGUCUCUCUCGCUCUCUAGAUCCUUCGACUUCACUAUCAAUCACUCUCCGUUAACUCCUUCCUCAGAAAGGAUUUAUUUCCAGGAGACCCUGCUCCAGCCCAUUUGAGGUAUGCCGAUAAUUCAGCUAUGCAGUAAUUUGUUCGUCCGACAAAGGGUCUUGGUUCUUGGGUGUGGCAUUCUUGUCUGACCAAUAAAGGUCUGAAAUUUCACCUUAGCCACUGUCUUCUGGGUUUUUUGAAGGUGGGUACAGGGCUCUGUUCAGAUGGCGAGCGGUACGGUGCCGGCUUCUUUCAUGGGGCUGAAGGGGAGGGAAUCGGGAUUGGGAUUUGCGAAGAGUGUGGAUUUUGUUAGAGUUUCUGAUGUGCAGAGGGUCAAGUCUCAGAGGAAAAGGAUUGCUGUCAUCAGGAAUUCUACGCCCAACCCCGAGAUCACCCAGCUAGAGCCAGCAUCAGAGGGGAGCCCUCUAUUAGUUCCAAGGCAAAAGUAUUGUGAAUCUCUGCACAAAACAAUGAGGAGGAAAACACGGACAGUGAUGGUGGGAAAUGUGGCCCUCGGCAGUGAGCACCCGAUAAGAAUUCAGACUAUGACAACAACUGAUACUAAGGAUGUAUCUGGAACAGUAGAAGAGGUGAUGAGAAUCGCAGACAAGGGUGCCGAUAUCGUACGAAUAACUGUUCAAGGAAAGAAAGAAGCGGAUGCGUGUUUUGAGAUCAAGAACUCUCUCGUGCAGAAAAGCUACAACAUACCAUUGGUGGCGGAUAUACACUUUGCUCCUUCUGUAGCAUUGCGAGUUGCUGAGUGCUUUGACAAGAUUCGUGUCAACCCAGGAAAUUUCGCUGAUAGACGGGCUCAGUUUGAGAAGUUAGACUACACAGAGGAGGACUAUCAGAAAGAACUCGAGCAUAUUGAGGAGGUUUUCACCCCAUUGGUCGAGAAGUGCAAAAAGUAUGGAAGGGCUAUGCGUAUUGGUACAAACCAUGGAAGCCUCUCUGAUCGUAUAAUGAGUUACUACGGCGAUUCGCCUCGGGGAAUGGUUGAAUCUGCAUUUGAGUUUGCAAGGAUAUGCAGGAAACUGGACUACCACAACUUUGUCUUCUCAAUGAAGGCAAGCAACCCUGUUGUGAUGGUUCAGGCUUACCGGCUCCUUGUGGCUGAAAUGUAUGUUCAAGGAUGGGAUUACCCGCUACACCUCGGAGUCACUGAAGCUGGAGAAGGGGAGGAUGGACGGAUGAAAUCGGCUAUUGGCAUUGGAACCCUCCUUCAAGAUGGGUUGGGUGAUACAAUCAGGGUGUCUCUCACCGAACCACCAGAGGAAGAGAUAGAUCCCUGCAGAAGGUUAGCAAACCUGGGUAUGAGAGCGGCUGAGCUGCAGAAGGGAGUGGCUCCUUUCGAGGAAAAGCACCGUCACUAUUUUGAUUUCCAGCGGAGGACUGGUCAAUUGCCUUACCAGAAAGAGGGUGAAGAGGUAGACUACAGAGGAGUGCUCCACCGUGACGGUUCCGUUCUUAUGUCUGUUUCUCUGGAUCGAUUGAAGUCCCCGGAAACUUUAUACAGGUCACUUGCUGCGAAACUUGUCAUCGGAAUGCCAUUUAAGGAUCUUGCGACAGUUGACUCAAUCUUACUUAGAGAGCUUCCACCAGUGGAGGAUGCUGAUGCUCGAUUGGCUCUCAAGAGACUGAUAGAUAUAAGCAUGGGAGUUAUAACUCCUUUAUCGGAGCAGCUAACGAAGCCAUUGCCCAAUGCCAUGGUUCUCGUGAAUCUUAUGGAGCUGUCAUCUGGUGCUGUCAAGCUUUUGCCUGAAGGCACACGGUUGGUUGUGUCUGUACGAGGAGAUGAGCCCUACGAAGAGCUGGAGAUCUUAAAGAAGGUUGAUGCCACAAUGCUGCUUCACAAUCUACCGGUUAGUGAAGAUAAAGUCAGCAGAGUCCAUGCAGCAAGAAGGUUGUUCGAGUAUCUACAAGAAAAUGCUCUCGAAUUUCCUGUGAUUCACCAUCUUGAUUUCCCCAACGGGACCCACAGGGAUGACUUGGUCAUUGGUGCUGGAACCAAUGCUGGGGCCCUUCUAGUCGAUGGGCUGGGAGAUGGUGUCCUUCUAGAAGCACCUGACCAAGAUUUCGAGUUUCUGAGGAACACGUCCUUUAACUUGCUCCAAGGUUGCAGAAUGCGUAACACUAAGACAGAAUAUGUUUCGUGCCCAUCCUGUGGUAGGACUUUAUUCGACCUUCAGGAAAUCAGUGCGCAAAUACGGGAGAAGACUUCCCACUUGCCUGGAGUUUCGAUUGCCAUCAUGGGUUGCAUCGUGAAUGGACCGGGAGAGAUGGCCGAUGCUGAUUUUGGAUAUGUUGGAGGAGCCCCGGGGAAGAUAGAUCUUUAUGUUGGAAAGACGGUGGUGAAGAGAGGAAUCGCGAUGGAGCACGCGACGGAUGCUUUGAUACAACUGAUUAAAGACCACGGCCGGUGGGUGGAUCCUCCUGUGGAAGAAUAAAACGACUGGGAAGACUCAUUACAGAAUUCAAAGAACUCUGAAAUGCGAGUCUGAUAGUCACGCUAUGAACUUAUGGUACUUCGCGAUGGUUUGUUUGUUAAGACCGCCAUACGAAUGUAUUGGUGAUAUAGAUGCGCAGUGGUACCGGGAUGGUAUGGGGCGCUCGAUAUUGGAAGAUAGUAGACAUUUGAAUUCAAUUUAAUAAAGUUGAAGUAAAGGAGUAAUUUUUGGAUUUGGAAA